AUGAAUUUAGUCAUAACCAUCAUUGCAAUUGCUAGCCUCCUCUCCACUAUCCUUGCUAUCGUGUCCUUCUGUCUCCCUCAAAUAUCCCCAGACUAUGAAAAGCUCUCUCCUUACGAAUGUGGCUUCGACCCCUUAGGGUCUGCCCGGCUCCCCUUCUCCCUUCGAUUUUUCCUCAUUGCUAUUCUUUUCCUCCUAUUUGACCUAGAAAUCGCACUCCUUCUCCCCCUACCCUGAGGGGACCAACUAGCCUCCCCCCUUGUAUCUUUUUCGUGGGCCACUGCACUUUUAACCCUCCUGACUCUUGGCCUAAUUUAUGAGUGAGCACAAGACGGCCUAGAGUGAGCUGAAU